CUUUUUUUUUCCCUCCUACACUAUGUCUCUUCCUCCCUCCUUGACCCCUCCUUUUUUUGUUUUCUCACCUCAUUGCCGCCACUUGUAAACUGUACCAUUAUCCCAUCCCAUCAAUCAUUUAUCGCAAUACAUCUCUGUAUCAGUAUUUGUUGGCCCUCACUAUUUGCUAUUCGACUUGAGGGUCUCGACCAGUCAAGUGCUCGACGCAGUCUACCACGUGAUCCACUCGAAGCCGUUCGCCAGCGAAUCCGCGUUCCCAAACCUUGCAUCUGCAGCAAAAUCCCUUGGGCCCAACGUACUAACGGCUCAUACCAAAAAACGACCUCUCUUCACUCUCGGUCCUUUUACUUUAUCCUCCUUCAAUCUUGCCUUACCUCGACUCCUUCACGGCAUGCACACGGCGCAUUCGAUUUCUCUAAACCAUCUCAAUUCUGAGCUAGAGGCUUGCGCCUGGUUGGAGGAUUAGUACCCUUUUUCUUUCUGCGCCCGGCAACCACCAUUGGGCUGCGCAGCGACGAUGCCUCAAUCCGACAACGCCGUCAGCUCUGAACCUGCCAGCACCUCUGCCUCCUCCUCCACCCCGAAAAAGGCGGCCACUGUCCCCGAGAAAAAAUACAAAUGUCAAUAUUGUAAUCGGGCCUUCAGUCGCAGUGAACAUCGGAGUAGACAUGAACGGUCGCAUACAAAGGAGCGGCCCUUCAAGUGCCAGAAAUGUCGAAGCACCUUUGUCCGUCGAGAUUUACUCCUUCGUCACGAUCGCACCGUUCACGCAAAGGACGGUGGUGUGCCUCUUCAAUCUGAGGGUAGAAAGAAGACAAACACCACGAACUCGUCCUCGGUUUCAACCCAAGGUCAAGGACCCUCGGCAAAGGUGUCGCCCUCAACGGCAACACCAUCAAAGCCUACCAUCAGUAUCGACCCAGGCACGUUGGAGCAGAUAGAGGCAAGCAGUGAUGGUAUGCUCGACCUUGAAACUGCCGCCAUGUUGAUGACAGAUUUCCAACACAAAGCCGCCGCAGCAGUAAACGGUCAUCUCCAUAACGGCGAGGGUUCUAUCCCCGACUAUUCCCCCGAUCGUAGUUCUCUCCUCGAGUCUUCCGACUAUCUCACCGGCCCCAACAGCCUCCCCCACAUGCCCUGGGACACCUUCAUGCCUUCAGGUCCUUCCGAACCCAAAGCCCAUUCCAUGUCCAGCAUGUCCUCACAGGAUAACCUGUCACAGCCCCCGUUUGUUCACAUGGGUUCCAUUCAACCUCAUCAGUCUCAGCUCCCACCUAUCAUGGAGCGUCAGAACUCCCUCAGUGCUCCGUCCUUCCCUUCCCUGGGCGACACCUUCCCAGGAUCUGGAAGCCCGACUCCCAACGCCCUCUCCCCGUUUCCAUCCAUGACUGGACCCGUAUCUCCCGUCAACUAUCGCAAGUCACCUGGUCCAGCUCAACCCCUUUCCCUCCCUAAAGCUCCUCAGUUGAAUAAUGUGGCAGAGAGGGCAAUGAUUGCUAACCAGCUAGGCGGAGAUUUCCUUCUACCUCAGCUCACAACCAUCAACCUCUACCUCACAACCUAUUUCAACCUCUUCCAUCACCAUCUCCCUUUUCUCCAUCCAGUCUCAUUUCGACCGGAGAGGGCUGAGCCGGCUCUUUUACUCGCCAUCCUUUCCAUCGGCGCCCUAUACAAUUUUGAGCAGGAUACAGCCUACGCUCUGCACCAUGGCUCCAAAAAGCUCGUCAAUCAAUUCUUACAGAACAAGGAUAAUUUCGACUCGAGAAAAUGCCCAUUGUGGACAAUGCAGAGCACCCUUUUGAACAUGGUUUUCGAAAGCUGGAGCGGUGGGUCGCAAGGCCUGGAAUGGGCAUGCUCCAUCAAGAGUCUGCUCGCCAAUAUGGUUGCCGGCAACAAGUAUGAGCUCAAGCUUCGUGUCGAUGCUCGUGGUCGAACACCACCAACACACGAUCAAUGGGUAACUGAAGAAGGCUGUCGCAGGACAUACUUUGCAGUCUACAUCUUCUUUGGUAUGCUGACAUUGACAUACAACCACACUCCAGCCAUCAGUUUCAACGAAUUUGACUCGUUAUCACUCCCUUCGUCUGAGUCUUUGUGGAAUCUCGAGCCUACAGAUGCGGAUGCAUGGCAAGAUGUGUUUGCCGCAUCUCCAACAAUCACCGUUCGAGAAGCUCACGACAGCCUAUUCCAAGGAGACGCUGCCCGUUACAGCGCAUUUGCAACUCGCGUCAUGAUCAAUGCCUUGUUUCUGGAAGUGUGGAAUCUCAGACGGAGUUUCGAAUCACUCCAAGACGUGGUUCUGGAAUGGAAGAUCCGCAUUGCUCUGGAAACUUGGGAGCGUUCCCUGGAUCUCUGUGAGCCGGAAACCAUUUUCGUCCCACUCAGUACACCGCAUAAGAGCCAUCCGCUCAUCUUCAACUCGAUGGCCGUGUAUCGUAACACCAAAGCUUUCCUCGAAGUCGAUCUCAAAAACGUUCAAGAAGCCCUUCGGUAUCACAACUCUUUUGAGAUAGCGGCAGCGAUGACUUUGUCGCGCGACAGCGUUAAGAGGACCAAGGAAAUGAUCAAGGUCAUUGAGCAGUGCUAUGAAUGCAUGGAAAUCGUGGCCUUGCAGGGAAUCAACUGGGUGACCAAGACCUCUUCGACCAACUGGAGCAUUGAACAUCCACUUUGUGGUCUUGAGCUCAUCACAAUUCUCAGUCUCUGGCUCUAUCGCAUUGAGCAUGACGAUCAAGAGGCGAGCGACGAAGAACUGGCCAUGUACAUGAAAGUCCGUGGCCUGUUUGAUGAUGACGCGGUCGAUUCCAAUGGAUCACGUCUGAGUUCCACUGUUGCGCGAGUGUGGGGUUCGAUGUUGGACGGUGUAGUUGUAUGGGGUAUCUCCAAAACAAUGGGAGAAUCCUUCAAACUACACGCCCAAGCUCUCGUCGGGUACGUGGAUGAGAUGCCCGUCGAUCCCGUCACCGGCAUGCCACAAGUGACGGACCAACUCAUGGUGAUGGAUGCUUCAUAUUAACAUGGACGACAUCAUUUCUCAUCUCGACUCUACUCUUCUUUGCACGGCGAACACGGCUUCUGUCAGAUUUAUAUGGCGUUUCCUUUGUCCUCUUCUCUUCCAACAUGUGCAACGAUUCCGGGAAUUGUUUGGCACACCGAGGUGCUCCAGUUGGACCCACCACAUUCUACCAUCGACACUCAUCACCCGCCCGGGGCACCUUGGGCAUCUGUGGCAAUACACGAUGCCACUAAUCCGAUCGCUCCCAAAGGCGACACGCCCACCAUCUCGAUUUCUCACGACCACAUACAAUCUAAUUUUCUCACUUAAUACCUUGUGCACUUACUCAUACAAGAAGCUCUACCAUUGACGACUUGAUCGACCCGUCGAUUGUUUGGUUACACUUUCCAUACACGGACGAGGCAUCGACUAAUGACCAUUCUCCGCCUCAUUUUGACUUUUACUUUGUUGCAAUGGCCGACGGUUGUUUUCUUUGUAGGAGGUUUAGGGCCUUCUGUGUAUACUAGAAUUGGCAGAUCAUUUGAAAUUGCAUGGAUGGUUGGACCAGGGGAGCAGCGGGCUGCUUGUGCUGGCAUUCAGGAGCAUAUCUAGACGAGUCUGUUGGCCGUAGCUGAGACGGAACGGUAGACGAUAUGCAUCUUGGAAUGGCAUUCCCACAAAGCAUCAUCUGUGUAUUUUUGAACUGGCCCACGUCGACACCUGUCAUGUCUUGUAUCCUUUUCGCAUAAUAAAAGCCAUCUUUCACAAUA